CAAACUAUUGUAGGAUAGUGUGAAAUGUCCAAAAAUGAUGAUUUUUUUCAAAACAAAAAUUACCAACAAAAGCAAAUGAAAAAACAUGAGUAGUAGUACUAGUACCUUUGACUUCUGUAACCAAAUCCAUUUAUGUACUAUAUUUUAUUUUAUAUCUUCUUCUAAAAUCUAGUCACUGUCUCUCUUGUCCUUUUUUGUUGCAGUUUUGUUCACUCUUCUCUUAAGUAUCCUCUCACACUUCUCAUGAGUCACAUGAGUUUUCCUCACAAACUUCAACAACUCAAAAGACCAAACCCUUCUUUCAUGGAGACACAAAACCUUAUCCUUUUCAUCCUUCUCUUCUUUCUACCUUGUUCAUUUUCCUUUGUUCCUAUAGACAACUACUUAAUUAACUGUGGAUCACACAGCAAUGCUUCUCUUUUCAAUAGACUCUUCAUGAGUGAUUCAACUAAUCCAGGCUCAAAUUUUCUCUCUUCUGAUGAUUCCAUUUCUCUCACAAACAAAAACCCAUCUCCAAAUUUACAAACUUUGUAUCACACAGCAAGAGUUUUCAUUACCACUGGGAGAUACAGGUUCAACAUGAAGAAAAAUGGUACCCAUUUGAUUCGUUUUCAUUUCUUUCCAUUUAAAGAUCAAAGUUUUGACUUGAAAUCUGCAAAAUUUAGUGUCUUGGUUAAUGGAAUUUCAAUUCUAAGUCAAUUUAAGCCUCCUGAUGAUGUGAUGGUUAAAGAGUUUAUUUUGAAGAUUGAAUCAAAUUUGCUUCAAGUUUUGUUUAGACCCUUUAAAUCAGGUUUUGGAUAUGUAAAUGCUGUGGAAGUGUUUACUGCUCCUGAAGAUUUUGUUAUAGAUUAUGGAACAAGGUUGGUUGGUCCUUCUGGUGUGGAAGAGUAUAGAAAUCUUUCAUCUCAGGUUUUGGAAACUGUUCAUAGGAUUAAUGUAGGAGGUAUGAAAAUAACUCCUUUUAAUGACACCCUUUGGAGAACUUGGAUUCCUGAUGAGGAUUAUUUGGUUUUUAAGGAAGCAGCUAAACAUGCAGUAAGCACUCAUACACCUGAUUACCAGAAGGGAGGUGCUACUCCAGAGAUCGCGCCUGAAAAUGUUUACAUGACUGCUCAACAGAUGAAUAGGGAAAACUCAAGUUUAGCUUCAAGGUUUAAUAUAACAUGGAAUUUUCCUGUGGCUCGUGAUGGCGUUUCACAUUUGAUUCGGUUGCAUUUUUGUGAUAUUGUUAGUACUUCGCUCAACUUGCUUUACUUUGAUGUGUAUAUCAAUGGUUACAUUGCAUAUAAGGAUCUUGAUUUGUCAGCACUAACAUUCCACACUCUUGCAUCACCGGUCUAUGUGGAUUUUGUUGCUAAUUCAGACGAUUCAAGUGUUAUUCAAAUAAGUGUUGGUCCUUCUGACCUGAGUAGUUCUAUUAGGAUUAAUGCCAUAUUGAAUGGUGCAGAGAUAAUGAAGAUGGUCAACGAUGUUGAUAAUACUAAUAUUUUCCACAGGAGGAAGCAUUUAUGGGAGUUGAUAGGUUCAAUUGCUGGAGGAAUUGUCAUCGCAUUUUUUGUUGUGACUAUUUUUCUACUUGCUACCAGAUGCAGGAAGAGAAAAUCAAAAGAAAGUACAGUGGAAAGUGUUGGAUGGACGCCUUUGCGAAUGUUUGGAGGGAGUUCCCUUAGUAGAACAUCCGAACAUGGUUCAUAUGGAUAUCUUGGAAUGAAGAUUCCUUUUGCUGAAAUACAAUCAGCAACAAACAAUUUUGAUAGAAAUUUGAUUAUAGGCUCUGGUGGAUUUGGUAUGGUCUACAAAGGAGUACUCAGAGACAAUGUAAAAGUUGCUGUCAAGAGAGGUAUGCCAGGUUCAAGACAAGGCCUUCCAGAAUUCCACACUGAAAUAACAAUUUUAUCAAAAAUUCGCCAUCGACAUCUUGUUUCACUGGUUGGUUUCUGUGAAGAAAAUUCAGAAAUGAUACUUGUUUAUGAGUAUGUAGAAAAGGGUCCAUUGAAAAAGCAUUUAUAUGGUUCGUCACGGCAAUCCCCUCUCUCUUGGAAGCAGCGGCUUGAGAUAUGCAUUGGUUCAGCUAGAGGUCUGCACUAUCUUCACACCGGUUUUGCUCAAGGAAUCAUCCACCGCGACAUUAAAUCGACAAACAUAUUGAUCGAUGAAGAUAAUGUAGCCAAGGUUGCUGAUUUCGGUCUAUCGAGAUCAGGGCCGAGCCUCGAUGAAACACAUGUGAGUACCGGUGUGAAAGGUAGUUUUGGUUAUCUUGAUCCUGAGUAUUACCGAAGGCAACAGCUUACGGAUAAAUCAGAUGUGUAUUCAUUUGGUGUUGUGCUUUUUGAAGUUCUUUGUGGCAGACCUGCUGUUGAUCCACAACUGACUAGGGAACAGGUGAAUUUAGCUGAAUGGGCGAUUGAAUGGCUGCAGAAGGGAAUGCUGGAUCAUAUUGUUGAUCCUCAUCUUGUUGGAGAUAUUAAACCAAGGUCAUUGAAGAAAUUUGGUGAGACAGCAGAGAAAUGUUUGGCUGAAUAUGGUGUUGAUAGACCAACUAUGGGUGAUGUCUUGUGGAAUUUGGAAUAUGCACUUCAGCUCCAAGAAAGUGAUCGCAGUGCUAGUGAAGCAGUUAAUGAAACAACAACGAUUGUUCCUGAAAAUUCUACCAGUAGAAUAGAGAGAAAUUAUGAUAAUGAUUAUUCAGACAUAAGUACUAGCCGAGUGUUUUCACAGCUAAUGAAUAAUGAUGGCAGAUGAAUCCUGACUGAAAUAAUCAUUGGCCACGCUUUAUUUAUCUCACGGUCGAUAUUCGGAUUACCAGGGUCCCUUUCCCUCGAAACCGGAGAUGAAAGAAGAUAGAGAGAGGUGCAUAGUGCAAAUAUAACCAGUUCAUUCUGAUGUAAUAAAAAUUCAUUGAUUAUAAGGUAUAACACCAUUGCCUAGGCUUUGAUUUUUUUUUUUCUAUAUAUUUUUAUAUACAUGUAAUUCAUCUUUUCAUCUAACAUUUUCUGCAAAAGGCUGCUUUAGGCUCCUUAUACAACAUAACUUCGCCGAGAGUUUCUUAGAAAUGUUUGAAUAUUAUUGUAGUUUGGCAUUGGAGAGAUGCUUCAAAUUUGUUUUAGUAUGAUACUUUCAUGUUAUGCAGAAACUAUUAAAUUCUAGAGCUGAUUCAGUCAUAGACUCAAAAUUGUGUUCAGCUGUAGGUUUCUUUAAGGUCUGUUUGGAUGAUAUAAAUGGAAUUAAUAUUUCAGCUAAAA